AUGGCGAUGCAGAGCAUACAAUCACAACCGCUGCCCCCUGGGCCUAGCAAUCACGAGGAGAGGAGGCCGAUCCCAUACCGCAAUAUAGCCGUUGGCGCGGUAAUGAAUGUCUUUCAAGUAACGACAUUGGGUCAACCUAUGGAAGUGCUCAAGACACAUCUAGCCGCAAAUAGGCACGACUCGCUAAAGGACGCGGUACAAAAGACUUGGGCGCGCGGGCGAUGGACAGCCUUCUACCAAGGCCUGAUACCAUGGGCAUGGCUUGAAGCCUGCACAAAAGGAGCCAUCCUUGUCCUCACCUCAAGUGAGAUUGAGUACCACGUUCGCACCAAGAUACCCAAUGCGUCACCAACGCUGGGUGGAGUGCUGGGUGGUAUUGGCGGAGGAUUUGCACAAGCUUAUCUCACCAUGGGCAUGACGACGUGCAUGAAGACAGUCGAAGUCACGCGGUCGAAAGUGUCUGGGCAAGGAAUCAAACCCCCGGGUCCAGUUGAGGUAUUCUUUCAGAUCCUUAAGGAGAAGGGGAUCCGCGGAGUCAAUAAAGGCGUAAACGCCGUUGCAUUAAGGCAAGUAACGGGGUGGUCAUCCCGAAUCGGCAUCUCGAGGUUCGCGGAGGAGAGUAUUCGAUCUGUGACAGGCAAGGGGAAGGAUGACAGACUGCGCUUUGGUGAGAAGAUCCUAGCUUCUACUAUUGGUGGCGCAUUGAGCUGUUGGAACCAGCCAUUCGAGGUUUUGCGAGUGGAGAUGCAGUCUAUGAAGAGCGACCCGACGCGUCCCGAGAAACCGACCAUCGUCUCUACAUUCAAGCACAUCCUCAAGACUUCUGGGUUCAAGGGGCUCUUCCGUGGAGUGAUUCCGCGGAUCGGUGUCGCCAGCUGGGCAACGGUCUGCAUGGUGGGAUUCGGCGACACUGUCAAGGCGUUGGUUGCGCCAAAAAGAUGA